AUGGCAGAAGUUGCUCCCGCGCCCGCCGCCGCGCCGGCUACAGCGCCCAAAAAGAAAGCAGCUUUGCGGCCAAAGAAGGCCGGCCCUAGCGUCGGCGAGUUGAUCGUCAAAGCGGUUUCCUCGAACAAGGAGAGGAAUGGCAUGUCUCUCGCCGCCCUGAAGAAAGCUCUGGCUGCCGGUGGAUACGAUGUGGAGAAGAGCAACUCUCGCAUUAAGCUUGCCGUUAAGAAACUGGUGGAAAAGGAGGUCUUGUUUCAGACCAAAGGCACAGGCGCGUCUGGCUCUUUCAAGCUGAACAAGAAGCAGACCGAAGCCAAGAAAACCGCGCCUAAAACGAAGAAGGCGGUCACCAAGAAACCCGCUGUGGCGAAGAAGCCCAAAAAGGUAGCAGCCAAGAAGCCCGCCGCCGCCGCCAAGAAGUCUCCUAAGAAGGUAAAGAAACCUGCCGCAAAGAAAGCCACCAAGAGCCCCAAAAAGGCAAAGAAGCCGGCGACUCCUAAAAAGGCUGCCAAAAGCCCCAAGAAAGCAAAGGCCGCUAAGCCCAAGACUGCCAAGCCCAAAGCGAAAAAGGCAGCUCCUAAAAAGAAGUAA